AUGCGUGCAUGUCAACAAUUCAACAACAUUGAAGAAAAGAUAUUACACACACAGACUCUACUAAAAAGAAAUAAAAAAAACACACAACGAUAUAUGCAGAACAGUGAUUACUUCAAAAGGUCUGCCGUCUCAACCGUACCAAAUUCAGACCCUAUAAGGGUAGGGAUAAUCGGCUUGUCGUCGCAUAAAGGUUGGGCAUUUAAGGCUCAUUAUCCAGCAAUUUCACAAUUACCUUCUCAAUUUCAAAUUACUGCAUUGUAUAAUGAAAAAAUUGAAACCUCUUUAGAAACAAUCAAAAAAUUGAAAUUAUCAGAAGCCACUGCUUUUCCAAAUCUAGAAUCAUUUGCUUCAUCGACAAAUAUUGAUAUGUUUGUUGUAUGUAAUUGCGUUCCGGAUCAUUAUAAGACAAUAAUUCCAUUGAUGGAACAUUCAAAGAAAAACCCAAAUUUGAAAUACAUAUUUGUAGAAUGGGCAAUUGGUAGCUCCAUUCAUCAGGUGGAAGUAAUUUAUAAAGCUGUGGCAGAAAGAGGGCUACAGUCUAUUGUAGCUUUACAAGGAAGGAAAUCUCCUUACAUAUUACGAGCUAAAGAACUAAUAUCCCAAGGUUAUAUUGGUGAGAUUAAUUCUAUCGAAAUUGCUGCAAAUGGUGCAUGGUAUGGCUAUAAUAGACAUAUGAAGUCACCAAUGUUUAUAUAUGAAAUGGAAAAUGGUGUCAAUUUAGUUACAACCACAUUUGCACAUACAAUUGACAUACUGCAAUAUAUAACAGGUUCAUAUUUUUCCAGAAUUAACUCAAUGUUAUUUAAUAAUAUACCUGAACAGGAAUUAUUGGAUGAGUAUGGUAAAAAAACUGGUAAAAAAGUUCCAAAAACAGUUCCAGAUCACCUAUUAUUCCAAGGUGCUUUGAUGAAUGGAAAUGUACCAGUAUCGUGUAGUUUCAAAGGUGGUAAACCAACAAAAAAAUUUACCAAAAAUCUAGUAAUUGAUAUUCAUGGAACGAAAGGUGACAUCAAGUUAGAAGGUGAUGCAGGUUUUGCAGAAAUUUCAAAUCUUGUUUUAUAUUACAACGGUUUUAGAGAAGAGGGCAUCCCAGCGGCACCUGGACAAGCAAGUUAUGAUACAACCAAAGAAUUCACAGAAGUUUAUCACUUAAGAAAUUAUAAUGCUAUUCUAGGAAAUAUCUAUAGGUUAUACCAAUCAGUAGCUGAUUUCCAUUUCAAUACCCAGAACUUAACCAAUGUACCUUCCCAAUUCAUAAUGCAAGGAUUCGAAUUCAAAGGUUAUCCCACUUUGAUGGACGCUUUAAUUUUGCAUAGACUAAUAGAGAAUGUUUACCGUAGUAAUAUAAUAGGGUCGACAGUUAAUGUUAGUAAUAUUACUCAACAUGUAUAA